UAUAGUACUCUGCUGUCUGCUGCUCCCCCCUCUCUGGGUCUCUAUUUGUCGAAAAAUCAGAUCAUACUCUACUAAUAUAAAAUCCGUUCACGACUUUGGGUCGGAUCCCCCGUCUCUUCUGCCAUUAUCUCGCGCGCCAAUCCGUAACGUCGCCGGCGAUUAUGAUGCGGCCCACCGUCCGAUCACUAACUCUGUUCUCCUUCCUCGCCGCUUUCCUCGUCGUCUCGCCGGCGCUUGCUUCCGAGUCCGAUCACAAGUAUCAACCAGAUGACCCGGUUACUCUGUGGGUAAACAAAGUUGGGCCGUAUAAUAACCCACAGGAAACAUACAACUAUUACAGCCUUCCAUUCUGUCAUGCUUCUGGUUCUCACAAGUGGGGUGGCCUUGGUGAAGUUUUGGGUGGAAACGAGCUUAUUGAUAGUCAGAUUGACAUAAGGUUUCAAAAAAACGUGGACAAAGGUAGCAUUUGUGAGCUUGAACUUGAUGAAGCAAAGGUCAAGCAAUUCAAAGAUGCUAUUGAAAACAAUUAUUGGUUUGAAUUCUUCAUUGAUGACCUGCCAUUGUGGGGUUUUGUUGGAGAGCAACAUCCUGACAGAAACAGUGAUAAUAAGCACGUACUUUACACACAUAAGAACAUCCAUAUUAGAUACAAUAAGGACCAGAUCAUUCAUGUCAAUAUUUCUCAAGAGGGCCCAAAGCCUUUGGAGGCUGGGAGAACAUUGGACAUGACAUAUUCUGUCAAAUGGGAACCAACCAAUAUCAGUUUUGCUCGUCGUUUUGAAGUUUACUUGGAUUACCCAUUUUUUGAACAUCAGAUUCAUUGGUUCUCCAUCUUUAACUCCUUCAUGAUGGUCAUCUUUCUUACUGGUCUGGUGUCUAUGAUAUUGAUGCGGACACUGAGGAAUGAUUACGCCAAAUAUGCUAGGGAAGAUGAUGACUUGGAGUCUCUGGAAAGAGAUGUGAGUGAAGAGUCUGGUUGGAAACUUGUUCAUGGAGAUGUAUUUCGGACUCCUCGUACCCUAGUGUUACUUUCUGCUCUUGUUGGUACUGGGGCACAGUUGGCAUUGCUUGUUCUCCUUGUCAUUCUGUUGGCAAUUGUGGGGAUGUUAUAUGUUGGGAGAGGAGCCAUUGUUACGACUUUCAUAGUAUGUUAUGCUUUGACAUCAUUCAUUUCAGGCUAUGUUAGUGGUGCAAUGUACUCGCGAAAUGGUGGGUUUUUGCAGGUGUACUAUGUUUACGGGUUUAUGCUUUUGGUAUUCCUGAUUCUCAUUGUUGUUACUGUCUGUGUGACCAUUGUGGGCACAUAUUUCCUGUUAAAUGCUGAGAAUUAUCAUUGGCAAUGGACUUCAUUUUUCUCAGCCGCCUCUACAGCUGUCUAUGUCUACCUAUACUCGGUAUAUUACUACUACGUGAAGACUAAGAUGUCAGGGUUCUUUCAGACUAGUUUCUACUUUGGAUACACACUGAUGUUUUGUCUCGGCUUAGGAAUUCUCUGCGGUGCUGUUGGAUUUUUGGGCUCACAUCUGUUUGUGAGGAGGAUCUAUAGAAACAUCAAAUGCGACUGAUCUUUUGACAAGGAGUAGGACUGACACUGCUCCUCCAUUUACUUAGUUUCUGGUAGUAAGGUCGAGAAAAACCUCAAGAACCAUGUAUCUUUGUGGGAUUCGAUUCGGUUUAAUGAUGGUAGUUGGUAGGUAUCUCCUCUGCUUGUAUUCUGGGGAGCCCUGAAAAUUUUCCCCAUUCCUUGGGCUGUAAAAGUAAUCUCCUAUUUUCAUUUGUACUUAAAUUAGAAUGAAGAGACUUCAAAUGAUUCAAGGCUAGCAUUGUAAGAGUUUCAGCUGUCACGUAGUUAUUGUAUCUCCAUUAUUACUAUACGACUCGGAUGCACUCAAAGAACUGCUAUUUAAUUUUUUGUUGAU